GUUUGUCAAUUUUAUUUGUUUUAAAAUUCUCUGUUUUGUUUUAAAAAUUUAAAAAAAAUUUUAAUAUACAAAUUUGUGGAUUUAAUUUUAGUAAAGAAAUUCAAAUCAAGAGAAUAGUACAAAUGACAGUUACAACAGCCAUUGUCGUUGCGGGGCUGUUGCAAAUUGUGCUGCGCACAUCCUUCUUCUUCGAACAGGAAAAGGAUCUCUGCUCGCCGGCACCUUCACUAGCCAGUUGGAUUUUCCUCAUUGCACUACUGGAUCUCAUCUCCGAUCUAUGCCUCUAUCCUGUACGAUAUAUGCAUUUGCCAUACUUCUGUCAGGCGAUGGUCGAGACCAUCCUCACCAUUUUGUUAACGGAAUUUGGCACCCUUAUCGUCUGGUGUACACUGGAGAAGCUAUUUUGGCGUUUAAUCAAAUCCAUACUGCUCGUUAUGGGUAUGUCUGCGAAAACGUAUGCCAAUUAUGAGACUCUCAUAUUGGGCGUGACAACUACAGCGAUCAGUUUGAUGAUAUUGGCUUUUGUUGGUCAGGCGACCGAUCACUUUCACUUGAUACGCAGAAAAUAUCAUCGCAUGCAACGUAAAGUGUCGCUGAAUCUCGAAAGGUUCCGAGAAUAUAUUAACGGUUGUAGAUGUGCUUCGUCACGUUUGCGCUGUAAAAACAUGCGCGAUUGCCUUUCGGAUGAUUCUGAGAGCAUCUGUUGCCCGAAGCGUAAACGCAGACGCAGAAGAUGUUGAAAGAGUGUGAUCGAAUGGAUGGUAACGUUUCUCUAUUUUCAAUUGGCUCUCUGUCAGUGCAAAAUGUUCGGGUUAUUCCAGUCUAUUUUCUAUGAGGGCUUUCGUGUCGUAAGUGCGUGAGUGUAUGCAUAUGUACGGAAAUAUCCGUCCGGAAAUGCUAAUAAAAUUAUAUUUUUUUUAGUUCAA